GUGUACAGAAACAAAAUGGCGGCGAAAAGGUUGAUUGAGGUCGAUAUGAAAGACACGGGGGACUCAAUUUCCCGCGGUUCCAUCGAAGUUUGUCGCCUUAUGCACCCGGAUGAUGCUAAUAUUGCUGGCAAUGUUCACGGUGGGACAACAUUGAAGUUAAUCGAGGAAGCAGGGUUCAUAAUUGCUACACGCCAUUGUAACAAGAAUGGUCGGAAACGGAGUCCUGAGCCGAUAUUGGCUGCUUUGGCGCGCGUUGAAAGGACAGAUUUCUUGCAACCGAUGUUUAUAGGGGAAGUUGCUCAAGUUCACGUGGAGCUAGGCUACGCAUCAACGCAUUCUUUGGAAGUGCAAGCGUGCGUUUGGGCAGAAAAUCUCAUAACCGGAAGUCGUAGGCUUACCAACCGUGCCUCACUCUGGUACGUUCCCGUCACCGGAAAUGAGGAGAUGAGGAUCAUACCAGAAGUACCUGCUGUAGAAUAUUCAAGUAAAGAGGAAGAGGAAAGAGGAAAAGAGAGAUACAACAGACAGAAGAGAGCAAGGCUUGAUAAAAGGGAGCUUAUGAAAGAGGUAGAUAAACGUUAUUACUUACCUACAUACAUGUACUAUUCUGUUAUCCAGGGUUGGGAAGGGGUACUCAAAAAAGUUUUGUAAGGGGAGGCUCUUCCACAAAGUCCAACCCUUUUUCCUUUUUUAUACCAUUUUUUAACCAAAAAAGUGUCUCUUUCCAAUACCUUCUAUAGACAAAGUGUACCCCUUUCACAUACCUUCACUGUAGUUUCAAAAUUUGCACCCCUUUAACUUCUGUAAUGAAGCCCCUGCCCUUUGAUAUACCUGAACCCUAAAAUAGGUAAACCCCCCUCCCCUGGGACGUGAUCUACAUGAAAAGGGCUAAGGAGCGUCCUUUGUUGACCAACAACAUUUUUUGUUAGAAAUUUGAUGCCUAAAAAUUUAAAAUAAUGGUCUUUUUAGAUAGAAGUGCCCCUACAUAUCAAUGAUGGAGUGCAACCAACUGAGCGAACUGAUGGCAGGAAUGUUUCAAGAUAUAGUGUAAACAGCUCACAGUCAUCUCUGAUCCACUCUGUACAACCCUCAGAUUGUGCAAGUACUGGGUAUGUACUUGGAGGUGUUACUAUGAAAAUGAUGGAUGAAGUGGCAGGAAUAGUUGCAUUCCGACACUGUAAAACCAAUGUGGUCACGGCAUCAGUUGGUAAGAGUUUAUCCUCCCACCCCUAAGAAUUAAAAAAUACAAAUACGAAUAAUAUGAAAAGUUAUGGAUAUGUGUAAUUUCAGAUCAACAAUUUUAUACAAAUUUUGACUUUUGGUCCAAAUAAAAGCUACAUGUAAUUUAAUAAAAAAAAAUGAAAGGGAAUGCGGAUGAACUGAUGAUGCUUACAUGUUAUUGGAAGUAAGAAUUUUUAUUUUGAUUGAUUAUUUUUUUAAUGUAAUGCCUUUUUUUCCAUCAGUCAAAGGGAGCAUAUAACAGAAGCAACAACAAUCACAACAACAAACAAAAAUUAACUGAGAGUAAACAAAUGGAAUUUCUUUCUAACACCCUGAACUUCAAGGUGGCCAUAAAAUUGUUUUAUUGCCUCAAGCACCAGAGCCAUAUGUGAAGAGACCUUGUCAAGGUUUUGGAAGCCAUUUUGACUUGUUGGCAACCGUGUGGGAAAUUACAGUGUUUGUAUGAGAAUCUCAUGUCCAAUAAAUUCUGUAAAACGGCUGUUCUGAAAAAAAAAAAAAAAGAUGUGAGUUGUAAACUAAAGCUUCACUCCUAACAAUUCUACUGAAAAAAUAUGAGGGUGUGACAUGCAGCUACAUUUGCUAGAACCAGUUUUUAAAAUUUUCUGUACAUUUCUCUGUAAAAAUUUUUCUUCCAGCCAACUAAAAUUUCCCGCGAAAAAUUGCAGACAAAUAUACGGAAAAUCUAAAGCAAGAAUUUAGAGAAAUUUAAGCACAGUUAAGGCCCUUGAAAUUUGUUAGUAGAAUCCUUUGCUGUGUAGCUUUAGUUUUCAAUUCAUAUUUUUUUCAGAACAGCUGUUUUGUGGAUACAUUAGACGUCUCUAGAUUCUAACACUACGACUACGACAAUGAGUGCGAGAAUUCUCAAUACUAACCAUGCUAACAGUGAUUUUGUUACAAAUAGCUAUGGUAAGGGAAAGUUCAUUUAAUAUGCCAAGGGGGGGAAUGAAGAUAUUGAAACUCGAAGCUUGAAAUUUUAGCAGCCCCCCUCGCCAGCGGUUCAAUUUUUUAGGAGCCCCCUCCUUGGUAGUCGAAAAAAUUUCAGAGCCCCCCCACUCCUCCUUCAAUUCCUUUGCUCCCCUGAAAAAAGAUCGCUAGACUGUAUUAAAUAUAUUUACCGUUAUUGUCUUCAAUGGUUUAUACUAUGACAAACUUGAGAUACCGUUGUGAUAAAAUUUUCUAAAGCAUUUUGGGAUGAACAAGAGUGUAAUAAUUACUGAGACUACAUUUGUUAUAUCUGUAAACCACGUGAUAUAGCUGAGUUGCACAGGUCAUUAAAUUGUUGGGUUGAAAACCAUCCGAUCUGUAUGAUGAUGUCAUGUGUUGGUUUUGAAGUAUACAAAUUUUCGGAGCCCCCCCUUCUAGUGCAACAAUUUUUUCAGAGCCCUCCCUUCGGGUGUCUAAAAAUUUUCGGAGCCCCCCCUCAAUAUCUUCAUCCCCCCUUGUCAUAUUAAAUGAACUUUCCCUAAGUCCUGGGAUUCAUCUUGUGAAAAAUCAUGAGUCCAAGUCCAGAACCACUGAGUCCUAGUUCAGAAAGACAAUGAGUAACAAACUGAAAAUGUUUGGGCAUUUAUAACACAGUUAAUCUGAGCCGCCAUGUUGCAGUUUACUGAAAUUAAAACAGAGAGCUUUAGAUUUGAGGACAAUAACGUGUACAAGUACAAGAUUUAACUUAAAGGUUGAUUGCGCGUGUUCUAGAAAAAAGAAAGAAGACACCCCACAAGCUUGAUUUUACUUUUUUUCAUCAAAGAAGUCAGUACGGGUAUUUAUACUGAAGGAGGUUAAGCCCUCUCCUGAUAGCAAAAUGAUAAAACUGCUUAUACUUUUCAUAACUUGUUGUUUUCCUGCGAAAAUGACGUUGGUUCACGUGUGAGCAAUACUCAGUAUUAAGAAAAUCUCAUACUUGUAGAUUUCCUGGUCUCAAAAUCUAAAGCUCUCCAAUAUAGUCCUCCUUUUUCUUUUAAACAACAGCCACAAUGGCAGCCACAAAAAUCACACAAACAGAAUAUUCUACAUUUAAACAUCUUCAGAUCAAUCGAAGUACAAUGAAGCUUUCCAGGGUGUCUUUUUUUUUCAGAAUAUGCGAAAAAAAAAAAAAAAAAAGUUGUUCUCUUCCAGGUAGUCGUACUCGUCCGGGUAGUCAUUCUUGUCCUUGAAUCUAAAGGUCUCUAUUUAUCCACUUGGAUAUUAAAUUGUAAAAAGUAAAAUAAAUGUAAAUUUUUGUUGAAUUACAGAUGCGAUUGACUUUCAUGCACCAGUGAAGCUAGGUCACGUGAUACAUCUGACUGGGAGAGCUACUUUCACUAGUAGCCACUCAAUGGAAAUCGAAGUUGUUGUUGAUGCCAAAGAUUAUGUAGCAGGUAUGGACUAAAUUAGAAGCUAUCUCCUUCUAAUGGCCAUUUUAUUGUCUACCCCACCUCUCCAAAAAUGAGUUUCAAAAUGCAAUAAAAUGAUUAUAAAUGAUAAUGAUAACAUAGAUAGUAUAUGUAAAUUAGUAAAAAUAAUGCAAUAAAAAUAAUGCAAAGGGGCAACGAAAAAAAUAAUGUUGACUUCCUAUCAAGAUGAACUCUUUCGGAAGAUCUGAACUUCGUCGUUUUCUGUUUGCUAUAAGCCGGCAUUAUCGUCGGGUAAAUAAUUUUGAAAACGUCAGUGCCACAUAGAUUUCUGUGAUGGUCAACCUGUGAGCAUCUGGGACGGAACUCACCUUGAGUGAAGCUGAUUUUACUGUCACUUUGUUGCAAUAUGGCGGUCACUGAUAGCCUGCGAGCAAACUCUGCAAUGAACCUUUCCACGUUUUUUUAUUAUUAUUAUUUUAUUUUAUUAAUGUUUUUUUCAAUUUUUGAUGUUGACAACUAAGGAAAAAUCCGUCUACUCCGCUGGGAAGAGUGCCUUUAAAUUAGUAAAUUUACCAAGUUUGAAGGUGAUUUGUUGAAAACUAACAAAGAUAUAGCUCCUCAAAGUAGUGAAAUUUUUACAGCUGACGUUUGUUUAAAGUUGGGGGCAUAAACUUGCCCCCCACCAUGUAGACGUCCGUAAAUUUUCUUUGCAGUGGUGUCGACGGUUUUUCCCAAACUGGUGCAUAUCAAAAGUUAAAAAAAAAAACGUUGGAGGGUUUAUGAUAGCGAGCGAAGCGAGCCGCGAAUGAACACGCCAGCGAGCGGCGAAUAAUUCGCGUCUCCUUUCGCGUGCGGCGCUCGCGUAAAUAGCCAUCGUUCGGUAUGUAAAAAUUCUGAGAUGACUCGGAGGCAAUUCCCAGAAGAGACUUGAGCCCAAAGAAAACAAAACCAAAUGUGGAAAAAAUGGCCAGAAAGCCUCGGAGCCAUGUUAUAAUUUUAAUAUAUUGAACCUGGGCUAUUGUCGCGAAUCCCCCAAAUAGAGAGAGUGCUCACAGGCUAGAUCAUUGAAAUGGGCAGAAUCUACCUAAUGUGAAUGGAAAAUGAGGCUUAACACUAUGUUGAAAAGAUGAAAUAGCACUGUCAUUAGAGAGUUAACACAACCACGAUGGCAACACUAACGGGAACGUCAAAAAAUAAAAUAAAUGAAUAAAUAAGAUAAGUAAAUAAAUAAAUAAUAAAAAAAGAAAAUUAAGGAAGUGAACUGAACGAACCGACCACCUUGCACGUACCACACACUUUUUGGUACACUGCAUGACUGCGGCAUGAAUUUUCGUAGCUAAGGUCCCGUUUAUAUGAGUUGGUCCGGGUAAAAUGAUGACCCUCCCAGCCAAGUCAAUUUAAGCGAGCGUUUGUAUGAGAAAAAAAAGUUGACCCCUUUGCACGGUCCAAUAGCCCUUGGUACAUGUAAUGGUUAACUUAAACAUCGCUUGCGCAUACUCUGAUUGUCUCGCUUUGGCCGAUUUGACCAGGCUAGGCGAGCUCAAGCCUGGCUAGCAGGUUGAGCCUACCAUCACAAAAGAUUGAUCCAGCUAGGCAAGUCACCAUUCUGGCCGCUUUUCCAGCCACCUUUUUUGGUUCUCAUUUUCACGUUUUUCCACGUUUUUAAAGAAAAUGUGUGAAAAGUUGGCCCGCCCAGGGUAGCUUCCCUGGUAGGCAGGUGGUCCUUUAACCCGGGACAAGCUUUCUCCAUAUAUAAGGGACCGAAUUUCACGUUUUUUGGAGAACGUCUGAAACUCUAGCAUUACGGCUCUUCCGAAUUUGACGUCAGUGAAAUUUAACUUCAUUUGAACAAUUGAAUGAAAUGGAAAACAUCAAUAAAUUGCGGAUCGGCGCGGAUAUAUUUUUAAGCGAUAUUUACGCUAUAAAUGCCGUGAUUGCAUAAGCUCCUUAUUGCCCGCCGCCCGGUUAGCUCAAUGGGAUAAGUGUCGGUCUGCUGAGCGAGAGGCCGUAGGUUCAAACCCCGGCCGGACCAACACUCAGGGUCUUUAAAUAACUGAGGAGAAAGUGUUGCCUUUGUAAUAACAUCUGCAAACGGUUAGACUAUCUAGUCUUCUCGGAUAAGGACGAUAAACCGUAGGCGCCGUCUCUCAAGCCCUUGCACAUGUAAUAAAUCUGUGGGACAUUAAAGAACCCCCACACUCUUCGUAAAUAGUAGGGCACGUAGUGCCCGGUGUAGUGGUCUAUCUCGCUCUCACGCUCGUGUGUGGGGGCAUCAUUACUCAUUCCUUCAUUACUUGUAAACUGCACCUUAAGCAGUGUAGAUAGAUAGAUAGAUAGAUAGAUAGAUAGAUAGAUAGAUAGAUUGAUAGAUAGAUUGAUUGAUUGAUAGAUUGAUUGAUUCACUUUUAUUUGAAUACGGUAAUUUCAUAAGUUACAUAACUUCUUUACAUGAAAGCCGUAUAGAAACAGAAGUAAAUACUGUACAACUACACUAAAAAUAUGUACAAAUAAUAAAAUAUAGUAAAAUGUAGUCAACAGCUUGCCUGCCUACUAGCCAGUUUUCUUUUAAAGAUAGCUUUAGAUUGGGACGCUUUUAUGUCAUUUGGUAAAGAAUUCCACAGCAUUCCUCCUCUGUAUGAGAAAGACCCCUUAUAAUAUUCUGUUUUUGGAACGUGGUCCAGUACAACAUUAUAUUCCGCAUGUCUUAGCAUAGACUUAUAAGGGUUGUUCUCACAGACAUUCGAGAAAAGAUCGCUUAAGUAACUAGGUAUAUUUCCAUUCACUGUAUCAUACAUUAAUAGACUUAAGUGCCUUUGACGCCUUGAGGCAAGCUCUUCCCAGUUUAGUUGUUUUCGUAUUUGUGCUGAACGAACGUCAUAACCUUGAAAGGUUAUUAUGCGUGCUCGAUUUUGUAAUUUCUGGAUCCUAGUGGCAAGUCCCUGGUCUAAAUUGUCCCAAACAACGUCGCAUUAGUCGAACACAGGCUGGAUAGAUAUAAUAAUUGGUACGGGGCAGUGGAAGGACUAAUUUAUUUUCAGUAUUCCUCAAUCGAUAAGAAGUUAUUUCGUCACGAGAUACAAAUUUAGAUCUUAGAUGGUCGGGAGUCAUCCCAUGUACGGUUUUAUACAUCAUAAUAGCGUCGAUACUUGUCUUUGGUGUUUAAGCUUACGCCAACCCAGUGCCAGGAACAAAUCGUCCACAUAACAAUCAGAAUUAGCGGACAUUAGAAUACGGGCUGCACGAUUUUGGAGCCUGUGCAGCCUAUCGGAAAGACCAAUGCCGCAGUUGCUCCAUACGACAUUGCAGUAAUCAAAAUGCGGUUGAAUUAAACUGUCGUAAACAUUAAUUAAUACAUUAAAAGGAAUAAGAUGUCGUAUUCUUUUAAUUGCACCCAAAGCAGAAGCAAUCUUUUUACAAAUACUCUGUAUGUGGCAUUCCCAGCUUAAGUUUUGGUCAAUAUGCACUCCAAGAGAUUUUUCCGUUGACACUUGCAUCACGGGAUGGUCGUUUAUCGAUGGUCGUUUAUCGACCCAACUAACAUAAACUCAGUUUUAGUCAAGUUAAGGGUCAGUUUGUUAGCCGAUAGCCAUAUAUACACCUUGUUUAAAUCGUCGUUAACGCAGUCAUUUAUGAGUUUUAAAUCUGCGCUGGCAUAGGUUAGGCUGGUGUCAUCGGCAUUAUUUUCAGCCCCCCCCAACAAAAUUUUUCCCGUACGCCGAUGCAUAUUAGUUUUAAAAAACUUUUCCGGGGGCUUGCCCGCGGACCCCCCUAGGAAACUCGUGGCCACUCAGGUCUUCUCCUCCAAACGCUAAAUCCUAGAUAAAACCCCGGGAUAAGGUUAUUUUUAUUUAUUUAUUUAUUUUUAUUUUUUUUUCGCACUCAGACAAAAGUAUGAGAGCGUGCAGUGCAUUUUUCAUAUAUGUGUCCCUGGAUGAGCAAAGUAGGCCCCAAGCCAUCCCUCCUCUGGAAAUUCACUCUGAUGAAGAGCGAAAACGAUUUGAAGCUGGAAAGAAAAGAUAUCAGCUCCGCAAAGAGGGAAGAACAAGUCGGAGCUAAAGUGGAUUUACUUGCGAUAUGUCUGUGUUGGUGCGAAGUCGUUCGGAUAAAGAUAACUCCUUGCUUGUUCUGUUGUUCUGUUCAAAAUGAUAGAAGUUGUGGAUCAGGAGUUUUUUUAAAAAAAAGGGAAUGUCAUUUGAUACCACAAUAUUUACUAGAAUAAUAUAAAUUCCUUGAAGACAAUUUUCGGACAUCUAGUCGACACCUUGCCGACAACUUGCAGUCACCUUUCUGGAAAUUUGCCAACAUUUUGUCGACGAUUCUUUGUCAAUACCUUGCCGACACCUCCCUUAUACAGAUACCCUGAUAAUACGCGAAGCAGCGAAAUAAAUCCCCGCCAAAACUUACAGAAGUCUGAAAAAAUAGACUUCCGCUUUUAUGGAGUCUCGUUUUUAGGGAACUUGUCCAUUGCGAGUUUACGGACGGCAACCUUCAAACCGACUACGUAUGUAAAAUUAAUAUUACAUCCAAGAUAGAUCAUUCAAUUCACGGGAU